AUGUUUGCCGUUGUGUCAAGUCCCCCAACGACUAUACCGCCACCCACAACCACUACAUUGGCAACCACAACAACGACAUUCAUGAAUGAAUUGGACAUGGAUUUCAAUGGCAUUGAGCCAACAAACUCCAUAAUUGUUAUCGAUAAAUUGGGCAUUAAAUAUCAAUCAAAUUUAAAUGAAAUUGGUAAAUCAGAACAAAAGCUUAUGGGAGAUACACCAAAAGGUUAUGAUUGGUCAAAGGAUAAACAAGCAUCAGCUGCAGCAAAAUUUAAGCCGCUCCUGUGUCAUCCAGUAUGGCGUUAUGAAAGUUUGGCAUUAAUUUUAAUGCUGAGGUUUGUAUGGCUGAAGUUUUGGAAUUGGAAAGAAACGUAAAAGUUUAAAAACGGUUACAAUACAAAAAGAACACAUAAUCGCUUAUAAAAGCUACAAUUUACAAAAUUAAGUUUAAGCCUAAAUGAAAUUGAUAAAUAUUCUAGAUAAAAUAUGAAAUUUAAACGAGAUACAAAGAGCUUUUGUUUUCUAUUAAAUGUUGUUAAAUAUAAGAUAAU